AUGGAACUAAUGAGUCCGCUACUGUUGUAUGCAUUUCUAACACUUGUGCCGCAAGCGCGAGGAAAAAGUAAAAUGGGAUAUUCGUAUUAUGAUACAGCCAAUGAUACGGUAACAAAAAAGCGGGCUGUGUUCACGGAUCCAUCUUGCAAAAGCUGCGUUAAUUGUAUGGAACGAGUUGUAAAAGCUCACAAAGUGCAUCGCCUGUCAAAAAUUAGGGACGAUGAUAUUUACCAGCUUUUGACAAAGAAAGAUAACAAAAUAAAACAGAAAAGAAGCGUUAAUUUUGAAACAAAAGGCGAGAAGAAAUCGAAGAAAACUAAAGCAAAAAAGUCAGUAUCAGUAAUAAAAUAUAACGAGAAUGGUGAAAUAUACGCGCUGAAGGUGAAAGAAACAAACAAUCAAUUAAUAUCAGAACCGAACGUAACACGAGCUAUUUCUACGACGUGCCAAGUUUACAGCAUACAAAAAUCUUUACCCUGCGAAUCGCCCGAAGCUGAUUUAAUUCUGACGGCUUCGAAAAGAAAAACAAACAAGAAGAAUAAAAAGGUACAAGGAAAAAGGGAAACGAAUGUGCCCACUGAAGAAGCGGUGAUUGCGUCGAUGUUUAGAAAGAGGCACGUCGAUAACUCGGAACUACAGGAGCAUUAUAUGACUUCGCUCGAAGAGAUGUAUUGA